AUGGUUUCCGCUCGCUUAUUAGUCACCACUUUGUUGUCAGCUGCUUUGACCAGCGCUCAAUACUUCAACUCAUCCUCCUCAAUCUCAUCCUUUUCAUCUUCAUCCUUGAGUUCUGAAGUCUCAUCAUCAUCUUCUGCUGGUAACUCAUCAUCAAUUGUUCCAUCCUCAUCAUCAUCUGAAUUACCACCAUCCUCAUCAUCUUCCACCCCAGAAGAAACUCCAUUCAUCACUGGUUCAUUCGUUGAUGGUGUCUUACAAUGGGAAAUCUUCGUUCCAGGUUCUUUAGGUCCAUGGACUCAAGUUUCCAUCGCUGUUUCUGGUCAAGAUUACACUGUUGAAUCUGUUGACGUUUUGGUUGAUGGUGAAGCUACUCAAGCUGACGUUGCUACUGAUGGUCCAAGUAUUUCUGCUUCAUCUGGUGAACAAGCUCCAAUCGGUUCUUACUUGUCAUUCUUAUACAGAGCUUCAAGAAACUCCAAUGCUAGACAAUUCACCACUGAUGCUAUCUUAACCAUUACUACUCCAGAUGCUGUGAAAUUAGUCAGAAGAGCUGUUAUCACUUAUGAAUUCUCAUCAACAAUCACUGUUCCUGAUGAUGCUUCAAGUCUUUCAUCAUCAUCUGUCACCUCUGGUACUACUGUUCCAACUUCAUCUGGCUCAACUUCUGAAGAAGUCACCACCACCAUCUGGGGUACUUCAGUUGUCACCACCACUAAAGAAGGUACUGUCACUUCAUACACCACUUACUGUCCAAUUGCUACUGAAACUUGUGUCUUAUCCACCGUUACUGUUAGUGUUGAAUCUUGUCCAGGUGUUACUAAAUGUCAUGUUGGUACUACUACUGCUCCAGGUGGUGGUGAACACACCUUCACCUACACUGAAAGUGUUGUCACUAUCACUAAAGGUCCAGGUCAUGGUCCAGGUGGUGAAGAAACCACUAAAGUUCCAGGUGCUCCAGUUACUACCAUCACUUUAGGUGGUGAAAGUGGUAAACCAACUACUGGUGGUGCUGUUAAAACUUCAACCAACGAAGAAGGUUCAACUGUUGUCGUUGUUUACGAAACCUCUAAAGUUCACGGUGGUGAAGGUUCAACCGGUGCUCCAACUGGUGCUCCAACUGGUGGUUCAACUACCCCAGCUAUCUCAACUUUUGAAGCUGCUGGUCACAAAUUAGCUUCAGGCUUAGGUUUAUUAUUACCAGCUUUUGUCUUCUUAUUCUAA